CAAAUUUUUUCCCGAAAGAGUUAUCUCGCGAGAUAACUUCUUCAUCUUCAGUUCGCUCGAAUCGUGAUUAUGGCCGACACCACCCUCAAAUUUCCUCACAAAAUCGAGGACCUGGACCCCGAGACAAACGCUGAAAUUUCGCGAAACUUUUCAGGGGGUCUCAAUCACCUCGUCCAAGUCGGCCCCCAAAAAAUGCUAAUCCCGAGCGAAUUCAGCGACGAGUGUGACAAUUAUUACAAUUUUAAAUUUCGAAAGGGGGAUGUUAUCGUUGUGGGCUACCCCCGAUCUGGCACCACCAUGACCCAGGAGAUGGUCUGGCUGAUGCUGAACAACUUCGACCUGAAGAAGGCCCUCGACACUUCCCUAAUCGUGCGAGUCCCGCUUUUGGAGGCGCGGUCUCUCACGACGAAGGAGACCAUCGCUGCGGUCAGUGCCACCAACCAGGGGGCGGAAAAAUUGAGACUGUACCGGUCCUCUAUCGAGAUUUUGAGGGCCAACCCUGGACGAAGAGUCAUCAAGACGCACCUACAUUUCAAUUUUUUGCCCCCGGAUUUGUUAAAUUGUGGUUGUAAAAUUAUUUAUGUUGCUCGUAACCCAAAAGACGUCGUUGUGUCCCUGUACCACUUACAACGCACCAGCCAGGGCCGCCAAUACACCGGCGAUAUUUCCACUUUUUUGGACUAUUUCGUGUCGGAUUUGACGCUUUUUGCGCCCUACUGGGCCCACCUGAGCCAGGGCUGGGAGCGACGCCACUCCCCCAACGUGCAUUUUAUUUUUUACGAGGAUUUUAUACAAAAUCGCAGACAUCACAUUAAAACCAUCGCGGAUUUUAUCAAUCAAAAGCUCACAACCGAGCAAGUGGAGCUGCUGGAGGACACACUCGAGUUUUCGCAUUUUAAGAAAUAUAUGUCGAGAGGUGUGGACAGGGAUAUGAACACGAGGCAGGACGUCAAUGAUGAUUUUAUAAGGAAGGGGGAGAUCGGCGGGUGGAAGGAAUACUUCACUGAGGAGAUGAAUCAGAAAAUGGACAAAUGGGUCAAGGAAAAUGUGGCCCGAAUCGGAAUCGAGUUUCCUCUAGAGUUUUAAAUUGCCGUUUUAAUUGUAGAUAAUAAAGGGUUUUAAUUACAGCUGAAAAA